CCUAAAAUUAACAACACUACUCCGAAGAGAUUGUGUUCGCUUCAUCAAAGGCUCGAGCCCUACAGGGCACGUUGACGAAACGCAAGUGUGUAAGCUCUAGGGACGAAAGAUGACGUCCGUUGUGUCAAGAUGUCUGGUAACCCGACAAUGGGUUGUCAGAAAAAGCAAUGUCGAUGUCUGUCUCAGGCUGUCAAGCACGGCUACUGUGCCCUCAGACACUCGGAACCCGCCCACAGGGGACGCAAAAUCCUUCCAGGAAAUGCCUGGCCCCUCGGGGAUCUACUCUGUUCCCGUUCUCGGUCCCCUUCUACAGUUUCACCCGUUCACGGACUACAAAUUGGAGACAGCUCACAAGAUGUUCGACAGUCUUCACGAGCAGUACGGCCGGACCUACCGCGUCAUGCUGAACAACUGGACAGUCGUCACUGCAGACCCUGCCGGCAUUGAAAGACGUUUACCAGCAAGAGGGACAACUACCCGCUCGACCCGAUAUUUCCAUCUACGUCCAUUACUGUGAGAAGAACGAGAAGGAGAAGGGGAUGGGCAUAGUUAACGGCAUGGAUUGGCGACGUCUUCGGACAGCUCUGUCGCGACAGCUCAUGCGUCCAGCCUCCCCACACCAGUACCUGCCUGCCCAGAACGCUGUGGCCGAUGAACUCGUACAAAGGAUGAAAACUCACAUGUACAGCCCCGAAGGAUUCAGAGAGGAACUCUUCAAGUUUGCUGCCGAGAGUAUUGCUGUUGUGGCCUUCAACAAACGCUUGGGCUUCUUGUCCGACGACUUGAGUACCGUGUCGCCAGAAAACGACGAAUACCUGAAACAGGUGAAAACGUUCUUCUCCAUCAUCGGCAAAGAUGGCAGUACUCCCCCUUUCUACAAGAUAUUCCCCACAAAAUUCUACCGAGAGUUUGAACAUGCGGCAAAUGUCGGGUACAGUUACGGUCGGAAGGAAGUGAAACGUGCUAUUGAAACGAUGGAGACGCAGAAAAAGGAAGGGACGUUUGAUGCCGAUGCUCCGAAUUUGAUACUCACUCUGCUGUCUAAUCCAGCUCUGUCCUUUGGGGAUAUCACCGCACUGCUACAAGACCUGCUGGUGGCAGGGACAGACUCGACCGCCAAGAACAUGGAGUGUUUCCUCUUCAAUAUGGGCUGCCACAGAGACAUCCAGAGGCGCCUAUAUGAAGAGAUCACGGAGGUCGUUGGGCAGGCGCAGACUGGGCGUCCGCUGGAGGCAGGGCAGAUGGAAAUAAUGCCGUACUAUAGGGCCUGCCAGACAGAAUCAUUUCGAAAGAUGUACCCUGUCAUGGUUAGUUCACCACGGAUCAUGCCCCAUGAUUCCGUUAUUGCAGGAUUCCACGUGCCGAAAGGGACCACAGUAUUAUGCAACAACCGGAGAUUGUUGAUGGACGAGGAAUAUUUCCAGAACCCUGCACGCUAUGAUCCAGACCGGUGGCAGAGGGAUAAACACAGGAAAUACAUCAGUAAUAUUCCUAAAUUUGCCAACUUGCCCUUUGGAUUCGGUGUACGCAAUUGCCUCGGCCGGAGAUUUGCGUUGCAGGAAAUUUGGCUGGGAGUGGUGAAGAUCCUCCAGAAUUUCGAAGUGAUCGUCGACGACGACGAUGCGGGGACGGAUAUUGAAUACCAUACUUUCAUCCAACCCGCUAAACCUGUGCGGUUUACGUUCAAACCAAGAUAGACCGGGGAAACAUUUUCAACGGACACCCGAUGGGGCAUCACAUACUACCCCUACGUGAAGAAACUGUCUUGGUUAAUGUACAAAUAAUGUACACAUAAUCACAUGUUCAGUGACGUAGCACAUAAUUGGAAAUGGGCACUUAUUACGCAACGUAUGGAGGUCACCUAGUUGCGCCCCUUUGUAGUGUCAAGAUACGCCACUAGCUGGUUUCUAAUACGCCCAGAUAACGAUCCAUCCUUUUGUCCCAUAUACCGUGCUUAUGUUUUUGCCAUGCGAUAAACAUCUAUUGCUUCCUGCUUUGGUCUCACAUUACGCUGAUACAUAGUGUCGCAACUCAACAAUUGUCUAAUAUGGAGGUGAACCGAACCCAACACUCGUGCACUGAUAAACACUUGUUUUAAAAGGAAAAACUGUUUACUAGUCGUCAUUUAUAUAAGAGUAUCGCCCACGGCUCACGUGACUUUUCAAAUGUUCGUAUCAAGUGAAUGACCAUGGCACGUAGACGUUGUACUUUUAGAGAUCAUAAUUAAAGCAGCUUGGCUGACAUUGC